AUGGCAAAUCUAGACAAGCAGAGCCUGAGCUAUGCAUCAGUGUAUGGUCUUAUCACCGACCUGAACUUGAGGGGCAACCAGUUCGCAUGGACCUCUUCCAUAUUUUACGUUGGACAGCUUGCUUCUGAGUUCCCGUUCAUCUACCUCAUGAGCCGCUUCAGACUGUCCAAGUUCGUUGGAAUUACAAUUGUUGUCUGGGGCGCAGUCUGCAUGUGCCUUGCCGCUCCAAAAACAUACCAUCAGUUUUUAGCUGUGCGCUUUUUUCUAGGAGCAGCAGAAGGGGCAGUCAGUCCAGCCUUCAUCACCAUUACAAGCAUCUGGUACAAGAAAAGCGAGCAUGCGCUACGCAUAGGUUGCUGGAUUACAUGCAAUGCUCUUGCGCAAAUCGUCGGCUCUCUACUCAUGUACGGCAUCGGAGAACACAACGAAUCAUCGCUGGCAUCUUGGAGACUUAUGUUCCUUGUCUGUGGGAUAUUCACCUCGCUCUGCGGAGUAGUUUUCUAUUUCGUCAUGCCCGACGGUCCUGAUACGGCUUGGUUUUUGACCGCGGAAGAGAAGGUCGCUGCUCGUCAUCGGCUCUCUGAAGAUCACGACGGCGGCGACAAGACAUCCUUUUCUAUGGCACAACUCAAGGAGGCUGCAUUCGACUUCAAGACAUAUGCUGCGUUUGCUUUCGGUAUCCUCGUCACUGCUCCGGCUCCAGUGCUCACUCCGGAUGUAUUAUGCUGCUGGUACUACCUCUACAAGGCUGGCCCAUAA